AUGGAAUCAUGCACGGAAAUAUGGCAUCUUCAAGAUGUCAAUGAAGGAGAUGCAACUAUACUUGGGCUCACAAAGUUCGAGUUCCGACGACUGGAGAGGUGUUUUAGUGAAUAUCAAGAUAGUCAUCUGAGAAGUCUUGCUCAGUCACGCGAAUUAAAUACGGCUUUGUAUAGGCCUUCCACUCAGUCGAAAGUAGUUUCCUUGCCUCCUGGUAUGAAAAACUUUGUACAGACUAGAGAUGGUAUGGGAAACAUUAUCGUGAGCACCAAAAGUCUACAAGGUCAAUUUAAGAAUCUUACAGUGUCAGGUACGAAUCUCCAGUGUCCCCUAAACAGACUAUAUCUAAUACUUUCAUCCUGGAAAUGGCAGCUGAACGUCUCCAGUUUUCAAAGAACCAGAAGGAUUGCGAGGCUUGGUGUAGAAAUCAACGCCCCAAAAGGAUCGCAAAUGAUUUAUGGAAUUACAAAAAGUCCAGCGAUUGACAACUGGAGUCCGCACCUCAAGAUGCAAAGUGUUUAUGGCUUGAUCGAGAUGACGAUGGAACGCUACCCUGAUAUUGUUGCCUUCCAAAAUGCAAACAAAUCACCGGGAAAGAAAAACUAUGACAAUCUUUGUAGUUUUGUAGAGAACUUCCAAAAUGCAAUAAGCCUGGCUCAGAAGAAUAUCAAUGUUUGUGAAAGGGAGAUAAGACAGACUGAAAAGACUUCUGUCACUGAAGGAAAACCCAGAAUCAUUCCAGGUAAAGUACAAAAUGUGUUAUUAAAUCCUAUUAAAGAGGUGUUAAUAAAGAACCAUAUUGAUACAGCAUAUGAUUGCUGGCGAAGAGUGUGAGUGUCACUCAAUCAUAGAAAAAUUAGAAUAUCCAGUUUGGAGUGUUGAUAUGGUUUUUAAAUUAAAUAUAUAUAUAUAUAUAUAUAUAUAUAUAUAUAUAUAUAUAUAUAUAUAUAUAUAUAUAUAUAUAUUAAUAAUUAAUAUAUAUAUGUAUAUAUUAAUUAUUAAUAUAUAAAUAUAUAUUAAUAUAUAAAUUGGAAAAUCCUGUCCAAAUUCUUACAUCUUUAUGCAAAUGCCAAAAUUCUGAGAAUAAGCCCCUCUCUCUAGAAAAUAUAAAGCCCUUCAUAGUCAUGAUUUAAUUGUUCUCUAUUGCUCUAUAAAGGCCAAAAGUUGUUCUCUAUUGCUUUAUAUUUAGUUGUUCUCUAUUGCCUAUAAAGGCCAAAAGUUGUUCUCUAUCUGUUUAAUUGUUCUCUAUUGCUCUAUAAGCCCUGGGCUUAUUUCCCUAAUUUUAAGGUAUGUCACUAUAAAUGAUAGUAUAUUUUUCUAUCCUGUAGGUCUACGAGAACAGAACAAGUUUUUCUUGGACCUGCUUCCAAAACUUGAGGCAGCACUUGCUUUCGUCAAAGAAUUCAUUGCACUCUAUGAGAGGAUGCUCCAAGAAUGCAAAGCUCAGUAUGGUGUGAGUAUGAAAGAACAACAUUGCUUAAGGAAGAGAAAAAUGAACCAGAAGAAGGACAUCCGAAGAAAACAGCAGAGGCAGGUAAUUAUUGAUACAAUAUUAUGGAAUAUUUAUAAGACAAGUGUUUUUAAGACAAGCCUUAAGACUUAAUACCUUUUUAAACAUGUGAGUUUUAUCCAUUUUGUAUUUUAUAUUCCAUGUACUGUGCUUUUGAUCAUUUUAUGUAAAAUAGUGCAUUAUAAAUUCUAAAUUAUUAUUAUUAUUACUAUUACUAUUACUAUUACUGAGGAGAUUGUUAUAAAAGAAGAUAGAAAAGAAGAUGAGGUCAAGGAAGAUGAGGCCAAUGAGCAGGAUGACAAGGAAGAUGUGAUUGACAUUGAGAAGAAGUGA